AUGCCAGAGGAAUACUGUGGGGGGGGGGGGGGGGGGGGGGGGGGGGGGGGGGGGGGGGGGGAUAUUUUAGUAUUUUUUUUUUUUUUUGGGGUUUGGGGGGGGGGGGGGGGGGGGGGUGGUUUUGUGGGGUUUGGGGUUUUAAAAGGGUGUGGGUGGGGGGGGGGGGGGGGGGGGGGGGUGGGGGGGGGGGGGGGGGGGGGGGGUUGA